AUGGCGAACAACAGGAGCCCUAGCCGCAGAGGCUCUGAUGAUACAUUGAACGAUACCAUGCGCGUACUUGACGCCGAGGACGGGACGUUUCAUUCAGCCCGGCACUACAGACAACCACAUCGAUCUGUUGGCUUCUGGCAUCAAGGACUGAGCAAAGUAAGGGCAGAGGUGAUCAAGAAAUGGGCGCUCACUGUGCUCAUCCUAAUAGUCUUCAUCAUGGCUGUACUCGCCCUAUACUGGGCGGUCCUUUCUCGUGUGCAAGAUAAUAUGCGCUCCCUGACUGUGCAAGUGGUCGAUUUCGACGGCCAGGUUGCUCCGUAUGAUAGCGUGGUGCCUUUUAUAGGACCAAUGGUGACCGAGCUGGCUCAGCAGACCAUGGACAUGGUGGACGUUCCCUCGGUUGGGUAUGAAAUCGUUCCGGUCCGCAGCUUUGACUGGGAUCCCAUUGCGGUCAGACAAUCCGUCUAUGACUUCCACAGUUACGCGGCCAUUAUCGUCAACCCCAACGCAACGGCGCUGCUGGUUGAUGCUGUCGCGAGUGGAAAUGCCACCUAUGAUCCGACGGGGGCGAUUCAGAUGAUUAUCUUGUCGGCGCGGUCCGAGUCCACGUACUACAAUUAUAUUAUACCGCAACUCCAGGCGUUUACCGAUAAACUCAUGUCCCAGUUCGGACCGGCCUGGACGCAGCGUCUCGCGAGCAACGACUCCGUCACCAAGGAAAUGCUCAGCGCCGCGCCCACGGCCGUCAACCCGGGUAUCUCGCCCUUGAUGAUCGACCUGCGGCCAUUCCAGCCCGCGGCGGCCACGCCGUCGGUGAGUAUUGGCCUCAUCUACCUCAUCAUCAUGGCCUUUUUCUCCUUUUCCUUUUUCCUGCCCAUCCACAUGCAGUACAUUCAGCCCGCCGGUCACCCGCCGCUGCACUUUUGGCAGUUCAUCGUCUGGCGCUGGGUCGCGACCGUGACCGUCUACUUUCUCGUCUCGCUGGCCUACUCGCUCGUGUCGCUAGCCUUCCAGAUUCCCUUUUGGACGCCGCCCGGCAGCUCCGUCGACGUGGCUUUUGGCGCGACGGCCUAUGGCCGCGGCUCGUUCCCCGUGUACUGGAUGAUCAACUUUGUCGGCAUGAUUGCCCUCGGCCUCGCCUGCGAAAACGUGGCCAUGAUUGUCGGCCAGCCCUGGACUGCGCUGUGGCUUAUCUUCUGGGUCAUUAGCAAUGUGUCGACGGGCUUUUACAGCCUCGAUCUGGCGCCCGGCUUCUUCAAGUGGGGAUAUGCAUGGCCUCUACACAAUAUUGUCGAGGCGAGCCGAUCUCUCCUCUUUGAUCUGCACUCGCGGAUCGGGUUGAAUUUUGGCAUCUUGGCGGCCUGGUGCGCAAUCAACACGGCCCUCUUCCCGCUGUGCUGCUACUUUAUGCGCUGGAAGAUGGAACAUGGUCAGCGAAAGUCGCAAAAGGCCCAGGAUCGGUAUUCCGUGGAUACGAAUAAUGGCCAAUUGGAGUUUGCAAAGGAGCAAGGACAGUUGCCGCCAAUCCGAAAGAGAGGAUUCCUGAGAGGUGUAUAA